UUUGAUGGUAAUGUGGGAAUUGAUCCUGUCUUUUCGGCCACGUUCCCCUGUUUCUCCAUAUCGGUUGGAGUCCGAUGUGAUGGCUUAACCUCUACGCAAACAAGAUACUAUAAAAGAAGUUUUCAAACAAGAGUUUGGAUAUACUUCCUCAUAUCUUUCAUUGCAAAAAUCUUGUUAUUCCCCUUAAGAAUCUACGAUACUCUAAACAAAAUGACAGACAAUAUUAGGCGUGCUAUGCAAGAUAUUGAUCUUGGUAGUGAAGUGGCGCCAUUUGUUCUUCCUCAUGCGGUGGUUCAACAAGCAGCGGAAGAAAACCGUUUCAUUCUUGUGGGACGCCCUACCAUGCCGAGACGUCAAAACAUUCGUGCCAUCAUCGCAGCAAUGCCAAGAAGUUGGGGACUAGAAGAACUUGUUCGUGGGCGAACAAUGGAGGGAAGAUGUUUCCAAUUUGUAUUCCCAUCGGAGGAAGCAAUGGAGACAGUCAUUAGACGCGGACCUUGGGCCUAUGCUGACAGAAUGAUCACUCUUCAGCAGUGGUCUCCCCUGAUGGAUAUGAAUCUCUUGAACAAGAUCCCUUUCUGGAUUCAAGUCAGGGGCAUACCCUUCCAAUUUAUGAACCGUGAAGUCAUCAUUCACAUUGCAAGGGCCCUUGGUGAAUACAUCCAAAUUGACUAUAAUGAAGAAGUGGGGGGAAGAAUGGAGUUUGUGCGCAUCCGGUUGAACUGGAACAUCAACAGCCCUCUGCACUUCCAGCGUAACUUCCAAUUCACUCCUGGAAUCAACACCUUACUCAAACUACACUACAAAAGACUUCGUGGUUUCUGUGAGACAUGUGGUAUGAUGACUCACGACUCUGGCCGGUGCUUGAUCCAAAACGGAGGCCCAGAAGAGGAUCCUGAUGAAGAUAAUGAUGAUGACAACAACCAAGAACAAGAUGAUCAACCCCACCAUGAUAUGGGAGUUUACAUUGAGGAGAUCAAUGAUGAAGGUGCAAACAUGGGCGCUCAGGAUGACAAUCCAGAAGAGCCAGUGAUGCAGGAAGCAGAGAUGCCUGAACAGCAAGUAGAAGAAACGGUUGAGAAGGAAGAUGAAUUCUGGUCUGGUGAAUCUAUGGGUACUAUGUACUCUGGUGAUUUGAACAUGGAAGAGAUGUAUGCAAGCAAACCAUUUGUUCCAAGGCAUGAUGGUAGUCAAGCUCUCAAACGCAAAAUCUGGAUGAGUGAAACUACAGACAACAAAAUGAAGUUUUCUGAAGAGAUAAGAGGGGAACAGAGCAAUCAGGAUGGCGAUAAGAGAAAGAAGAAGAUUGUACCAGAGGAGAUGAAAGGGGCUGGAACGAGUGAAGGUCCAUCCAACAUGUGGAGAGGCGCGGUGGGCCUGGAACCACCAUUGCCUCCAUGAGAGUAGCCGCUUGGAACUGUCGAGGGAUAGGU